AGUGAGCGUGGGCACGCGGGCGGCGUCGCGGAGGCGGAGUCAGGGAAUGGCCCCGCCCCUGCCAGCACCGCACCCGUCCUAAACUUUGGCUGAAUACGAAUAGUACAUUUGUUAAAGGUGUUUUGGUCAAACCAAAGAUAUGUCCAGGAAAGACACGGAUACACCUGCGGCAGAAAACUCCCCGCCAAUGACGCUGCAGGACUGCCUGGCCGAGUGCAUGGAGGCCGUGGACCUCUUCCUUAACAACCGCUUCACCGAGAGCCUGGAUAAGCUGCGGCCCCAUAUGCAGGACAGCAUGUACCACGCUGUGAUGUACGCCACCAUGCUGGAGAUGCAGGCCAUGAUGACCUUCCAGCACGAUGACAUCGUCAGGGCUGGGAACACCAUGAAAAGUGCCCAGGAGGUGUGCCAGAGGUUCCGCAAAAAGUCGUCCAGCAUAGUCAGCAAGUCUGGAGAAGGUUUAACCGAAGAACAGCUGCAUGCUGAGCUGUGCUACGCAGAAUGUCUGCUGCAGAGAGCCGCUCUCACCUUUUUACAGGAUGAGAACAUGGUGAGCUUUAUCAAAGGAGGAGUCAAGGUACGCAGCAGUUACCUCAUCUACAAAGACCUGCACACCUUCCUUCAGUCACAUCAGUAUCACAAAGGACUGAACCACUUCCAGUUAGAAGGAGGGGUGUCGUUUGGAAUCGGCGCAUUUAACUUGACCCUCUCCCUGUUUCCCGCUCGGAUCUUACGGCUCUUAGAAUUCGCUGGCCUUUCGGGGGAUAAGGAAUACGGUCUCUCCCAGCUACACAGCGGCGCCACAUCACUCAACCUGCGCUCCAUGCUGUGUGCCCUGCUGCUGCUGUGCUACUAUACCUUCCUCUCCUUCAUCCUGGGUAACAGUCCCUCCUGCAUAUGCUACGGGACUGGGGAAGGCGAUGUGGACAACGCUGAGAAGCUACUGAAGCCAUUCCGCGUUCGCUAUCCACGGGGUGCCAUAUUCCUCUUCUUUGCUGGACGAACUGAGGAGAUCCGUGGGAACAUAGAUGAGGCGGUGGCACUGUUUGAAGACGGCUGCAGGGCCCAGCAGGCCUGGAAGCAGUUCCACCACAUGUGUUACUGGGAGCUGCUGUGGUGCUUCACUUACAAGCGUGUCUGGAAGAUGGCCUACUUCUACGCAGACCUCCUCAGCCAGGAGAGCCGCUGGUCCAAGGCCAUGUAUGUGUAUAUGAAGGCAGCCUGCCUCAGCAUGCUGCCCGACGACGAGGUCAGGCCUUUCGGGGAGAACGAAGUGGAGCUCUUCAGACAGGUGCCAACAUUUAAGCAAAAAAUAGCAGGGAAGUCCCCCCCAACUGAGAAGUUUGCUAUCCGAAAAGCCCGGCGCUAUAAAUCCAGCAGCCCAACGCGGCUUCCAGUGCCUGUGUUGGAAAUGAUGUACAUGUGGAAUGGCUUUACGAUGAUUCGUAGUCGGCCAGACCUGACAAGAGGGAUGAUGGAGACCUUGGUGGAUGCAGAGCGUGCCCUGCAGGACCGCCCCGGUACUGCACUCAACAUCUAACCCACUGUUG